GAGCCAGACCGAGCGGUCAGUGGUUGUCGAGACUGAGAGUGUGUGUAUUUGUGUAGAGGGGAAACUUAGAAACAGGCUCACACCUAACGGAGUCUGGGAGAAAUAGACAUAGAGAGGCAGACACACACAGAGAAACACACCACGCAGACACAUACACAGAGCCACACAGACGCGCGUAUACAUAGAGAGAGACAGAUAUACACAUUACACAGAGUGCUCUCAGGAACAUGCCGAGGCUGUGCUCCAGGAAGGUGUUUCUCUGGCUGUUAGCUGCAGUUUUCACCUGCCUAUUGUUGCUGCUCCUACCGGACCAGGGACAGGGCCAAGCUGGCCAGCGGAGACUGGAACUCCGGAGCCGCUCUCUGCAGAGCUGGGAGAGCCCCUGGCCGGAGGAAGAGGACGGCGAGGAGGUUACAGCCGCAGCCCCGGAGCCGCCGGCCCACAGCUUUAGGGAGUAUUUCAGUGAGCUGAGCCGGACCAGGGGCUCCGGGAGGAGGCUGGCCUCGCCACUAGAGCUGGCUGCCACUCCACAACCAUUCCGGGACGAUGUCAGUGCGGGAGACCUGUUUAUCGCCGUGAAAACCACGAAGAAAUUCCACCGGGCACGGCUGGAGCUGCUGCUGGAGACCUGGAUCUCCCGGAGCCGGGAACAGACGUAUAUUUUCACUGACGGGGAAGACGAGGAACUGAAGAGAAAGACAGCAGCAGGCCACCUGGUGAAUACAAACUGCUCAGCUGCUCACAGCCGACAAGCACUUUCCUGCAAGAUGGCAGUCGAGUACGACAAGUUUAUCGAAUCAGGGAAAAAAUGGUUCUGUCAUGUCGAUGAUGAUAACUACGUGAACACCCGAACACUGGUGAAGCUCCUUGCACAAUACCCCCACACACAGGAUAUUUACAUUGGGAAACCAAGCCUGGAUCGGCCCAUUGAGGCUACGGAGAGGAUUAGUGAUACUAAAGUGCGUCCAGUGCAUUUCUGGUUCGCCACUGGUGGAGCUGGAUUCUGUAUCAGCCGAGGGCUGGCACUCAAGAUGAGUCCGUGGGCAAGUGGAGGUCACUUCAUUAACACUGCAGAGAAAAUCCGUCUUCCUGAUGACUGCACCAUUGGUUAUAUUAUUGAGGCCAUUCUGGGAGUGAAACUGAUUCGGAGUAACCUGUUCCACUCUCAUUUGGAGAACCUGCAACAAGUAAUGAGAGCUGACAUUCCCAACCAGGUUACAUUAAGCUAUGGCACAUUUGAAAAUAAAAGGAAUGCCAUUAAUCUGAAAGGGGACUUUUCCAUUGAGCAGGAUCCUUCUCGGUUUCGCUCAAUUCAUUGCCUCCUGUAUCCUGAUACCCCAUGGUGUCCUCGCAAUGUUACUUAUUAACUUCUAACCUCGUCCCAUGUAACCCCGGUAUCUGAAGGGGAUGUGGGGACCACUGUCUGGCUGUGAAGCUCUUGUGUAGCUGCAUUAAUGCACAUUGCUGGGUGAAAGGGCUGCUGUGCGGCCUGGAUGUACCAAUAGUCUUUAGUGUCUCCCUCCUGUUUGCAGUCGUGUAUGGAACAAAGCCAUGUUUUGAGUCCAAGCUGAACAGGAAGCAACAGAAGGCAAACAGACAUCACAAAGGAUGUGUGAUUGUGUCAUGUAAUUAAUUUUUCCCCAAGUGUGAAAUUGAAAGUGUUGCUGAUGUUUCGGCGAAUCUUUAGGAAUGUAAAUGACUCCUCCUUUAGCUAGCUUCAAAUAUCCAUUGCUUUCUCUUGCGACAUGCAUUAGGCACAUGUCAGUAAACUCACUAAGGUAAGCUGUCUGUUGAACCAUAAAUACAGAUGCUGUGCAAUGCGAUGAGGUUUCAAAGAUUUGAUUACAAUUGAUGCUGAAAAAUGGGACUGAACAUGUCUGAAGAAUGUAAAGUCAUUUCCAACCUCUUGUUAGGUUUGGAAAAUAAUUUUGCCUCAACACCGCCUGAGACGCCAGUCAGGAUUAAAGAUCACUGAUCUCCUGAAGGAUUUCUCCUCUUUUAUAUCUGCAUUCACAAUCCUGUUGAGGAUAUCAGAGGUAAAGCUGGUGUUUAAGGCUGGCUACUGGAGGAUCUUAGGCAUGACCUCUGAUUAUUGCUGAGGCUUGUCUGUACAUGAAAGCACUUUUUCUCCUUUUGAAAUCCAAUGGUUUCUAAUGAUCUGGAAAGGAGUUGGCUGCUUGUGAUACACUUCUGGGAUGAAUUUGUAAAUGCACUGCACGAACAGUUAAUGGAACUCUACCUGAGAAAUGGGAUUUAAUUAAAUCUAUUAAUUUGUAAUGUUUGGUAUUUCAAAUUAAUACUUUUGAAAUAGCACUUCAUUGAAAGUGGUUGCAAAACCGUGAUACAUACUGGAGGAUUUUGUUUCUAAAAAGUCAUAAGGCCACUUAUUUACCAAAUCCCAAAGGAGAUUGUUUUUCAUCAAGUCUCAAUAUUUAGUUCAAGAGUAUAUUUUUCCUUUUAGGAAAACAGUUUAAAUUUUCCUUAAGAUUUUGAAAACCACUCUGAUUUUGCUGCUCUUAACCUUACCAGACACUUGAGGGCCAGAUUAUGCAAAGCCACUGACAUUAUCCGAACCACGCUAAUUUAACAAAAUAUUUAACCUGCAGGAGGCGUCAGAGAAGUUCAAUUACAUCUUUUACUUGUGUCCAUAUGCCUUUACGACUUGUAAUUGGUAACUAGCUGGGGAAUUAGACAUUGCAAUGCUCAACUAGCAUUCCCCAUUGUACUCCGGGACAUGGAGAUUACUUGUAGCAUGCAUCAGUUGAGUGCAACUUGCGCCAGGGAAAUCAGAGCUCAGGUUUGAUGGGUUCCUGACCAGUAAGGUCUGGUUCUAAACUGGCUAAUGUCAUUACUGUUAAGCUGUAAAAGCCUAUUUAAUUUUUUAUGUCAUCUUAAGUUAAGAUUGCAUCAUCUUUCUAAACCUUUAACUUGCCUCUUAACAGUUCCUAGAUAUGUGCAAAUCCUUUCUUCCUGAUUUCAGUGUAGGGGAGGGAAUAAAAGGUACAAAUUUGUCCCAUUGAUUGUGUAGCACUUAGAGCAGCAGGUGUCAAUCAUGUUACGCUCUGUGAUGGUGACCCAUACUGGGUUAUUUGUGUUGUGUAUAUAUCUAUCUGGACAGGAUUUACUGUUCUUUUGUAUGGCUGUAUAUUUGAAAUGAUUGCUUAAUAUUCAGAGAUCUUUCUGAUCUGUAAAAUGUGAUGUUUGAACUCUUAGAAUUAAUUACUUCUUAUUUAUACUCCAGUAUCUGGAAAUGAGUGACUGUAAAACCCUGUAAAUACAAUUGCUGACACUCAGGGGUGAACCCUGAAUGGUUACAGUGAAAGCUGAUGGAUACCCAUCCUUUCCUUUCUAAUAAAGGAUUUUAUUGCUUGGGAA